GUUGUUUACAAAUAACACUUGCCCUCUCCCCCUUCCCGGCUCCAGUUCAAAAUAACUCUUGGCGGAUUCUCCUCACAAAACACCAAUGGAAGGCGAAAGAGUAAAAACGAAAAGAUCCAUCUUCAAGAGUGGAGAGGAGAAUAAAGACGCAAAAAAACGUCUAUCGUUUGCAACACACACGGCUUCUGAAACCACAGGGGACAGCCCUGUUGUGGGGUCUCGCCGCUCCAUAACCAGCAUUGUGCCAACCAAUAUGAAGAACCGAAUUCAAGACCUAAAAGUCACCCCUCAAAAGAAAGGGCAAGAAUUGGGAACUCAAGAUUCUUCCCAACUUAUCAGCCAAUCAGAACUUCAAGAAAACAUUACCAUUAUUUCCCCUGCAUGCAAGAAUAUCAGACGCACUACUAUGGGCUUGUGUUAUGUUCCAAAGAAAAUGCCAGAACAACCAAUUACACAACACAAGCAAACCGUGCUCAUGAGGAAUAACAAAAAGAACAAUAUUCAUACAGUCCUGCACAGUAUAGCUACACCAGAACCUACAGUAAACAUUUUGAUAAUUGGUGAUAAAAUUCUAGGAGAGAAGAUUAAAGCUAGCCUAUUAUAUCAACACAGUUUCCAAAGAACACCAAAUACCAUCAAGUGGAACCUCACCCUUAAUAUUGUGUGUGAUGAUAACCCAUCAGCAGACACACUGCCAAGUGUCCAUUUCUUUUUCCUCCUCGUCUUCAUGGAUAAACUUGAAAGUCUGUCAUACAUGUCAAUUAUCCUGACCAAAAUUGAUAAAGCUGGAGUAUCAUGUAAACAAAAGUUGGUGUUGUCUGUUUCUUCUGCACAAGAAUUGCACAAAAAUGUCAUUGGUUUGGAGAACUUUGAAAGUUUCCUUGAUCAUCAUCAGCUUGUAUACAUUCCAUGGGAAAAGCAGGGGAGACCAAGUGACCACCAAGUGAAGAAACUACUAAGCCUCACAUACAAGAGUGUUGGGUAUUACAAAGAUUGCUCGUUAUUAGAGAGUUACAUAAUGCUGCGAGGUGUGAAAGAUUACCAGGAUGAUGACACCAUUUUACAGGAAGGCGUGUUUUAAGCUGUCAUCGGAUGGUGUAUUUUAAAAUAACACCCUGUUUGCCCUUUCUUAGGUAGGACAUUAUACUUUCUGUUAACAUUUUAUACAGCUUUUGUAAGAUGGAAAC